CAGUGCCCUGAGGCCCCUGCCGCCCCCGAGGUUCGCUGCGCCGGGGCCGCAUCGAGUCGGGUUCGCUGCCGGGGCUCUCCUCCCCUGUUCCUGCCUGAGGCACGAUACAGCGCGCCGGUGCUUCCCGCCGUCGCUCUCCUUAGACGGGACUGUGCCUGCGUUCCUGCUGCGGGAUGAAGAGGAUCUUUGGGUUCGGGAGGAAGAGGAAGGAACAGCCGCCGCCCGGCAGCGGCUCCCUUCCCUGCUCCGCCGGUGCCUACGAGCUUCGGCAGAAGGACCUGGGCAAGCUACACCGCGCGGCCGCCAGCGGCGACCUGGCCCAGGUGCGGCAGGGACUGAGGAAAUACAGCAUCGACGGGCGGGACAAGGCGGAGCGGACAGCUCUGCAUCUUGCUUGUGCGAACGGCCAUGUGGAUGUAGUUACAUUUCUAGUAGAAAACAAGUGUAAGCUAAAUCUUUUUGACAAUGAUAACAGAUCACCACUGAUGAAGGCAGUACAAUGCCAGCAAGAAAAAUGUGUGGCUAUUCUGCUGGAACAUGGUGCUGACCCAAAUCUGGCAGAUGCUGAUGGCAACACUGCCCUUCACCUGGCUGUCCUGUCUGGUAGUACUGCUGUAGCAGGGCUGUUACUUCAGCAUAAUGCUAAUAUUGAUGCCCAAAAUAAGGAGGGAUGUACCCCUCUUAUUCUUGCUGUCUCUGAACAUCAUGAAGAAAUAAUGGAGUUUCUCCUUAAAAAAGGAGCUGACGUGCAUGCUCGAGAUCAAUGUGAAAGAACCCCACUUAUGACUGCUGCUUCUGGUGGAGAGCUUAAUGUGAUAAAGGUUCUUCUUCGGUAUGGUGCUGAUGUUUCCCAUAAAGACACUAAUGGAUGGACAGCUGAGGAUUAUGCUGUUAUUCAUGGAUAUUCUAGUCUUAGCAAACAACUGGCAGAAUAUGCAGACUGGGAAAACACAGGAGAAGCUUCUACACGUGGUGGUGCACGAGGCAUCGCAGCACUUGGCACUCCACACAGGGCAGCAGCUGCUGGCUUUACAUUGGGUGCACCUGCUGUGGACAGAGGAGGAAUGCAACAAUCUCCUAACCAGACAUCAAGAACAGGAAAAUCAAGGAAAGCAAUGGAUGACUUCUCCCAAGGAGACUCAAUAAGAAGCUCUGAGAAAGAGGGGAGCGAUGACAGUUGGCAUACCUCUGAAGAAGAGGAACUUGAUUUUACCCCCAAGAAGUUGCAGAAGCCAAACCUGACACUGUUAAUGAAUGCUUCACAGCAGUUCAGGAAAAACAAUGAUGGUGGUGGUUCUAGAAUUGAAAGCCCUAAGUCACCAAAGAAAAGUCUCAAACAAAGAAUCCCAUCAGGUGGAAAUGUGAGCAAAGGGGACAGUGAAGAAUUGUUUAAUCAAGAUGUCUCAGCUGCAAGCAACCUGGAUGAAGAAGAAUUGGAGGAGGAAGAAGAGGAGGAGGAAGAGGAUGAAAAUGACAAUGAAGAUGGUGAUGAAGAUUAUGAGGAGGAAGAGGAGGAGGAGGAGGAAGAUGAUGGUGAAGAUUUUACUGAAGAUGAAAAGGAGGAGGAAUAGCUGAAGGAUGAAGAAACUCAGUCUAAUGAAAUACUGGAAGAGGAGAAAACAGAACCUAAAGGGAAAAUUAAUCAGAAAUUAGAGUAUUUCAAUAAAGCAAAGUAUGAAGGGGAUGCUCGAUGUGGAACGGAAAAUGUCUGUGAUGAUGAUGAAAUAAAUAAAGAACAUGAUGAAAAGGUGGAGGAAUCUGUUAAUACUCCUGUGUCUUUCAUAGCUGGGUCUUGUGAAAGGUUUCAAGAAAAUAAAACAGCAGUGUCUCCAAAGGUCAUGAAUAAUGAAGUAUCUUGCAAGUCAGUACCAAAACAAGCUGUCUUUCAAAAUCUAAAUAAUCUGCAAGAUAUGCAAGAAAGCUGGAACAGAAAAAGCAUGAUUGAGGAGAAAUUUUACAGAAAUGCUGACUCCUGUUUUCCAAACUCUGAAGUGACAGAGUGGAAAAAAGAGAUACCUCAGCCUCUCUUAGGUAGUUGUGGUGUUAAGGAGAAAAGGUCAAACUUCAGUGAUGGCUUUGAAAGUGGCAAUAAUUCUUGGUUAGCAGAAAAACCCCUGGGACCUGAAAGUGAAAGACCAACCUCUGUCAUACUUGAAUGUGUGGAUGGUGAAGAUACUGAAGAAGAAGAAUAUGAAGGAGUAGAUUAUAAAGUCUAUAAACCACUGAAAAAGAAACAAUUAGUUGAAAAUGCAUUUGUACCAAUUCUUAUUCAUGUGUUUUGGGUUACACAGGCAGAUUCUGGAAUGUCAAGAAAAUUGCCAUGUGGUGUGCUGCUCCCAGCUGCAGAGAGACAUGGAGCAUGCUCCCAGUUUGUUUCAGGGGAAAGUGACAAUGGCCUUUUGGAGAAACCCAACAAUCCACAGCUGAAGACUCCCAUAUCUGCUUUGGAAAUGAAUGAAAUGUCUCCUGAAAACAAGCAGCAGAAAUCAGAUCUGUUGCAGGAAUUUGAUUUAGAAGAUGUUGAGGAUAUUGAAGGUGAGUACUCAGGAUCUACUUUUCAUAUGUCAUCAGCAGCUGAAAAAGAAGAUGAUAAGGAUGCCAUUGCAAACUAUGGAGUGUGGGAUAAAUAUAUUUUAGAAGCUGCCAACUUCAUAGGAAAAACAGCACAUGAAAAUCAGACUGACAAAGCAGAAGUUUCACAUCAGGAAGCCCUAACAAAAAAUGAGGAAUCGCACAGUGCUGACAAGGAGUUAAAUCUAAAACCUUGGGAAAAAAGAUAUGAAAGAAUGUGGGUUGAAAAUGAGAAAAGGGAAUUAAAAACAAAUUUCAAAAACAUUACAGCAGAGCUGAAGCAGUUGUUUGGUGAAAAUGAAGCUGGGGAAACUGCUUCACUUGUGGAAGAAAUACCAGAAGAUGGCUUUGGUGAAGAAUUGAAGAGUUCUCACAUUAUUUCAUCUCCUGUGACAGAAUCAAGUAAUUAUUUAGAAAGCCAAGGUGAAUUUGGUGAUAUUAAACUUACACUAGGUGGAAAAAUACCCAAAAUGGAAAUUGUAUUUCCAAGUCGUGGUGUUCUUCCUGAUCAAAAUAGCUUAAGGACAAGUGUAGAAGAUACCUGGAAUACAGACGAAGAAGCUGGCAUUAACAAUGUAGAUAACAGAAAGAUGUCUCUAGCUAAAGGAAAGAAAAAGAAAAUGCCUACUAUGGAAACAGAAGAGAAUGAUAAUGGAAAUAAUAAAAAUGCAGAGGAAGAUCCUGCUUACUCCCUGAGGCAUAGCUUAAAAUCAAGUGUUUUGGGUGACAUUUCUAAUAUUCUUCCAAAAAUAAGACCUGUUUGUACAAGUGAUGAAAGUGCAGGUUCUGUAACAGAAAUGAAACUUAAAAGAUACUCUGGAUUUAAUGAUGAUGUUCCCAAGAACUGCCAUAUCAACAGUAAUAUAGGAGAAACAGAAACUGAAAGUCUUUUUACUAGUGCUCAGGAGUGUGAUGUGCUGGAAAGGAGUCUUGAUGAAGAGCUAAAACAAGAUCUGGAAAGAUUUAAGUGUAAGGUAGGAAUGCUGCAAACAGUAUUCUUGGCUUUGGAGAAAGAGAAGCUACAGCUGCAAAAAGAGGUUGAGAAGGAAAAAAACACAGAAAGAUGUUUCAAUACGCAGACAGUGGCAAAAGAGGAAAAUGUUGAUAAAUUAAAUACACCACCAGGCAAUAUUACUAAUCUGCAAAUGAAAGAAAAGCUUACCCUAAGGAAGAAUGACUCUUUGAAAAUGGAGGAUGAAAACACUACAGAAGAAAAAGUCAGCAAGAAUUUUUCACCUGAGGAGAGUGAAUUUGCCCUGAAUCAUGAUGUUGCAAAGAAAAAUAAAGGACCAACUUCAAAGCAGAAGGCUAAUCAGCAGAUGAGCUCUUCCAGUGGGAAUAAUUUUCAAGUACCAGAUGAUAGCACUUUCAGUGAAGCAUCUCAAGAGGAGGGAAGACCUGCAGCAAAAACAGCGAGUGAAAAGAACAAGGUCAACAUACAAAUGGAUGUAACUGAUGACCUUGAUUUAACUCACUCAUCUGACACAACAUCAGAGGAUGUCAAAUUACCAACAUCCACCUACAAAGAGGCUGUGUUGCUCUUAGAACAGCUUACUGUGGAUCAUACAGGUUCUGCUAUUUUACUGAAAAUUCAAAACAUACUUCUUAAAUACGAACAAAUAAUAGAGCAUGAAAAAAAUCGAUAUGCAGCAGUCUGGAGAGAAGUAAGAAAAUUGGAAAGUGAAAAGGAGGAAUCAAAAUUAAUAGCGGAAGAGACUCAAGAUUUGAAAUCCAUAUUGGCUCAUCAAGAAGUGGAAUGGAAAAGUGAUAUCCAAAGCCUUAAGUUUACUUUGAAACAAGAAGAAGAAAAGAGGCUCAGAGUAGAAACACUAUAUGAGAAAACAAAAGAAAAACUCAGAAGGAAAGAAGAGCAAUAUUGUAAAGAGAUGGAGGAGAAACAGCAGCUUGAGUUACAAUCAAGGAAUUUAGAAAUGGAGUUAGUAACACUGAGAAAGCUCUUCAAACAGGUUGAAGACGAGCGUGAUGAAACACAGAGACAGCUCUCUCAGGAAAAGAGUGCCAGGGCCCUGCAAGAAGGCAUUUUGAACAACCACCUUUGGAGACAAAAGGAACUAGAAGAGGAGACAAGAAGAACUAUAGGGAAAAGCUCAGAUGAAUCCGACACUGAGAGAGAAAAGGAUCUGUUGUACAAAAAUCAGUUACUGCAAGAUGAAAUUGCCAUGCUAAGACUAGAACUUGAUCAAAUAAGACUUAGGCACCAGGAGGAAGAAGGAAAAUAUUUAGAGGAAAAUGAGACCUUGAAAGAAAAAAAUGAAGAUCUCCAAAAAGAACUUAAGCUGAAUGAGGAAGCCUUAACGCAAACAGUUUUUCAGUACAAUGGGCAACUGAACUUACUAAAGGCAGAAUCUGCAAUGCUAACUUCCAAACUUGACCAGACAAAAGAAAGCAAAGACAGACUAGAGACAGAAAUUGAAUCAUUUCGUUCCCGCUUGAACACUGCUGUGCAAGAACUUGAACGUCACCAGUCAUCAAGAAGCGAUGUUGAACGAACGUUUCAGAGGGAACGCGAUGAAUGGCUUCGCUUGCAAGACAAGCUCCAUCAUGACCUCUCAGAUGUACGAGACGCCAACAAGAGCUUGUCUCAGCAGCUGAGUAAAGCUGAAAGCAAAGCUAACAGUCUAGAAAAUGAGCUUCACCAGUUAAGACAAACGCUCAGAGAGAAAGCAUUGCUUUUAGAAAUGACACAAAAAGAAUUAAGUCAAACCCAGUGUCAGGCAAAGGAAUAUGAUCAUGCUCGACAGCAUGAGAAAGACCAAGUAAACAAACUUACAAUAAAGCAGGAAUCCAUGCAGGAGCGAUUGGCCCAGCUCCAGAGUGAAAACCUUUUGCUCCGUCAGCAACUGGAAGAUCUGCAGAACAAGGGGAUCAUCAAAGAAAAAGUAGUUAAUGAUGUGCAAGAUCGGUUUAAUGAUAUUUUCAACAAACUCAGAGCUGAUACUGAAAAGCAAGUUUACCUAGUGGAAGAGAGAAACAAGGAAUUAAAUGCCAAGUGUACUGAUUUAAGAGAACAAGUCUUCAAAUAUGAGACUGACAAAAUAGAGAGAGAGGGCAUGAUCAGACAGCUGCAGCAGGAGCUUGCUGAUGCUCUUAAAAAGCAGUCUAUGUCAGAAGCUUCACUCGAAGUUACUACGCGCUACCGCAGUGACCUGGAGGAAGACAAGCUGCACUUGCAAAAGGAAUUAGAAAAGGCUAAAACCAAGUUGCAGGAGGUGGAAGAAAAGUAUCUUCAGUCUGAGCAUUGUGUUCGUGACUUGAAGAAUGCCUUGGAUGGUAAGGAAAGAGAAGCAACAGCUUCUGCCCAGAAACUGCAGGACCAGCUGUUGGCAUCUUCUGAGACUAACACUACUAUAAAACAACUGGAAGAGCACGUGCAACACCUUGAAAUUGAAAACACCAGAUUGGAAGCCACUGUCCAGCAACAAAGCAACAGGAUUGAAGCCCUGCAGAGAGACCUGCAAGCCUCUACCUCAGUUCAUAACCGCCUGGAAGACUUGAUAAUGAGCUUACAGACAGCACAGGCAGCUGCAGAGGACCACCACAAGCAGGUGCAAAAGCAGAAUAUGCUGGCUCUGACAUCAAAGGACUUGCAGAGCAUGUGGGAAGAGCAGUUUAAGUCAAGAUCUAACCUUGAAGAGCGUGUUGCUCAACUUGACAGGGAAAAGGCAGACCUUUUUGAACAGUGUGAGAGUGAAAGAAAGAAAGUGAAGAAACUGAUAGAGUUAAAACGCCCAGUUGAACUCCGUCUGGACCAAGAAAUGAGACAAAACUUAGAAUUGCAGAAAGACUUUAAGAGGUUGAAGAGACUUCUCAAUAGAGCUACAAAGAAAAUAAAGGUGUAUGAGGAGAGAGAAAUGGAGUCACAGCUUAAUUUGAAGGGAGAAAUGAAGAGCAGAUAUUCUGAAAUGGUCAGUGAAGUUGAUAGAUUGAGAACAAAGGUUGCUGAACUUUCCCAGCAGCUGGACAUGGAGUCUAAAAAAAGCAUGCAGCUAGAAGCCCAAAACCGGGAAUUGCGAGAAGAGCUAUCUACUCUGCAUGGGAACUGUGAAAAACUGGAGAAGAGCAAAUGCCAGCUGAAAGAAGAAGUGGCAAAACUCCAACAUCACUUGGAGACUAACAUGGUGGAUCACAGCCAAAUAGAACAGUAUAAAAGAGAGGUUGAUGAACGAGCAGGCCAAGAAAUAAGACAAAAACUACAAGAAGUCAAUUUGUUUUUGCAAGCACAGGCAGCCUCCCAGGACAGACUAGAAAACAUCAGAGCAAGUCAUCAUGCUUCUCUGAGAAACCAGCUAAAAGACAGAAUUAGAGAUCUUGAAUGUGAAUUGGACAAGAUAAAAAAUACUCAACAAGACAGUACUUUUCCAAAAGAAUGUGUACAGGCAGAAGUGGAAAAGUACAAGGAGCUGUAUCAGGAGGAAGUGAAAACAAGACGAUGCCUAGCAAAGAAACUGGAAAGAGCUAAUGAGAGACUUGAAGAAGCCAAUGCUAAGCUCCUCCGGGAGCGCCAUAAAAGCAAAUCGUUAAUCACCAGCAGCAUUGUCAGCGGAGGUCUGGCUGCAACUCCAGUUCUGUAUUCAACUGCACUUGGACAUCUUGGCAACAAUUUGGGACUGAGCAGAAGUCUCAGUCUAGGAGGAAGCUUCCUCACCCCAGCUGAGAACACAUUAUCCUCGAGAAACAGGGUUGCAGCCUUUGUGGCCAAGGUACGACAGGAACUGGAUGAAAAAAUCACUAAGGAACUGAAAGAAGCCACUGCUGAUCUUGAAACUGAGUGUGCUGGAUCUUCCAAAAACCUUCAUGUGGACCAGGAUCCCCUUUGCAGAGCAAUAGAGGAGUACCGUGAUGUUUUAACCAAAAAUUACAUGAUUUGAAUGAAACGCUGUGGAAGGCUCUGAACAUUUUUUGCUUUUGUAGAAAGCACAUCUAUGGUUUCCCUUCUCCCCAGUUCAGAUGUAAAAACUUGUUCAUUGCAGUCUGAAUAUAAACUCUACUAAAUGGAUGUCCAGCACAGUGCACUCAUCUGUUGGGAUUUUUCUGCAUAGCUGGCUUCUUUUGCACUCACAGUAAGAACCACAUCUGUUUUUUCUGACCAGCAGAUUGACUGAUUUGGGUUCUUGAACUUGACAAAACUGUCAGAAAUGUUUCCUCUUAUAGUAGCUUCAUUAUGUUACAUUAUUCAUGUUCUGUGUUUUAACAAAAGCAUUCCCUUUGUUCUGUUUAAUCCUUUCACUCAAUGUGUUUGUAAGUUCUCCAGUGUUAUUUCAAUGUUUAGGACAUCAUUUGAUGUUCUUAGAGCCCAAUGCUUCAAUCCUGAUGCAGUACUAAGUUCUGCUAAUUAACUUAGAGUGGUGUCCAAGCUGGAGAAAAGGGCACUUUGCAUUGUUGUCACUUUAUGCAACAUAAGUUUAAAAUUACUGUGACUGUGUAGUAGUGCCAAGACUUGUUUUAUGGUCUUUUUGGUAUUUUUAUUUUGUAUCACAGAAUGAGUGAAGUUGGAAGAGACCUCUGGAGGCUAUUUGUUCUAGCCCUCCUGCUCCAGGACUACCAUCUUUAGCUAGUUUCCCAGAUAUGUGUUGAUUUUUUAAUUACUUAAAAAAAUGGAGACUCCAAAGCCUCCAUAGGCAACCUGGCCUCAUGAUCAGUCACUGUCACAAUACACUUGAAUAUCAUGAGGAAUAUUUAAACUCAGUACCUCUCAUGGUAUUGGUGUUGAUUUCUGUAUUAAAACUUGCUGCAGCUUCAGACUUUUGCAGCUCUUGCUUAAACACUUACGGUACACCUGAAAACACUUUCAGUGGGAGGGGUAGAAAAGGAACAUUAAUAUCAUCAACACUCCUCAGUACUCUCCAGAACUUGCGUGAUAGGAUCCUCAGUCUUUUUGUUGCUGCUAGCAGCUGAUGAUAGGGUGUCUGUAGCAAAAAUGUGGUGGAAAACUGAUAGCAACCAUAUAAGCAGUUUUACUUAUUUCAGGGAGUUACUGGUUUUUAAUUAGGAUGUGUGUUGUCAUUUCCCAUCUGCAAAAGUCAACCACAGAGUAUAGAACCAAGUCCCAGUUCUGGAAAAGUAAGAAUAAUUGUACUGAGAUUAAUCAAGAGUGAAAGAAUUUGAAGGUUUUACCCACUAUUUUAAGGACUUGAGUUAACAGAUAGUGAGAAAAGCAUUAAAUGCUGCUGUAACACUCUUCCUUUUUAUAUGAAUAUAUUUUUGUGAUGCUAUUACACUGUAUUUAAUUUAACUUGAUAUUUAAUAAACUUUACAGUCUAGAACAUGGCUUUGUUUUAUUGUUCCUCUUCUUGACACUGCUUUCCACCCCUUCCCUGCUCACAGAACUCUCCAGUGCUCACAGCUGCACCUUGCCUGUUCUCCUGGAAGAGACUGGCCUGCUGCAGAUGAAUGACUCAAACACUCAGCCAUUUGCAGUUACUGCCCAGGUGCUGCAAGAGACUGCACUGGCUCAAACAAUCAGCUGGGUGCUUGGUCAGUGAUGCACAGAGUGGCCUCCCCAGUGCAGGUGGGUGUGCACUCCUGAGGCUACAAACUGGGUUUCCAGGUAAGGGAAGAGGCUGGUAAGAGGCAAAUCCUGCAAAGGGGGAUAGUCCUUCUUACCAUGCCAAUAUCUUCCCUUAGAUAAUGGCUCA